UAUUCGUGGACAUAUUGAAGACAGAACUCCGCAAUCAAACGAUGUCUUUAUUCUGCACAGCCUUAUUUAUGCUCGUGGCCGGAAGCGAGUCGCCGAUUGGCCGUGAGCUCGCCAAACACGGAAGUGACGUCCGCGCCCUUUUGUGUCCUGAGACUGUCGUCGCAGUCGGCGCGCGUUGGGGUUGAGCUACCUGCGCGUCCUCCUCGAAAGCACCGACGAUGGGGCACUUGUCGGCGCCCCUGUCGCGUCUCCUGUCCCCGGGGAUCGCCGGCCUGCUCCGACGUCACGUCUUGAAGGCUUCCCACCACUCGAGCGCGGUGUCCCGCCGCGGUCGCGGGCGGAGCGACUUGCUUUCCCGUCCGCGCGCGUCAGCUCGGACCGACCGCCGCGCUUCGUCCGCGAGCAGCAGCUCGGCGGACGGCUUGUGGUCUGUUUACAACCGCACUAAAAGACACACCCAAGAUGUCAUGCCGUCCGUCUCCAGCGUCUCGGUGGACCCCGACAGCAUCUUUGCCAACAACGAGAUGAGCCUGCGGGACACCGAGGUCUACGGCUUCGACUACGACUACACGCUGGCCUUCUACUCCAGCCACCUCCACACGCUCAUCUUCGACAUAGCGCGGGACAUCCUCAUCAGCAAGCACAGGUAUCCGGAGGGUCUGCGGGCUUACGAGUACAUUCCGGAUUUUGCCGUGAGGGGCCUUCACUACGAUGUCCAGAAAGCGCUGCUGAUGAAGAUCGACGCCUUCCACUACAUCCAGCUGGGCACCGUCUACAGGGGUCUUCAUCCGGUCCCCGACGAGGAAGUCGUGGCCAUGUACGACGGCUGCCACGUCCCUCUUGAGAUUAUGAGCGAUUUCUACGGCAAGAGUUCUCACGGCCACUCCAUGAAACAGUUCAUGGACAUCUUCUCGCUGCCGGAGAUGAGCCUCCUGUCGUGCGUCAACGACUUCUUCAUGAAGCACAACAUCGACUACGAGCCCGUGCACCUGCACAAAGACGUCAAGGAAGCCAUCCGAGACGUUCACGUGAAGGGCAUUAUGUAUCGAGCGGUGGAGGCCGAUAUCGGCAAAUACAUUUGCUACGGCGAGCAGAGCCACGCCGUGCUGAAGAAGCUGCGCGAGCACGGGAAGAAGAUGUUCCUCAUCACAAACAGCCCCUUCGACUUUGUGGAUCGAGGCAUGAGCUACAUCGUCGGCAGCGACUGGAGGGACCUCUUUGAUGUGGUUAUAGUUCAGGCGGACAAACCCGGUUUCUUCAACGACAGGAGAAAGCCGUUCAGGCGCGUGACCGACAAGGGCGCCCUGCUGUGGGACCGAAUCCACAAGUUGGAAAAAGGGCAGAUCUACAAACAGGGCAACCUCUACGAGUUCCUGAGACUGACCGGCUGGCGAGGAUCCAAAGUGCUCUACUUUGGCGACCACAUCUACAGCGACUUGGCGGAUUUGACCCUGAAGCACGGCUGGAGGACGGGCGCCAUCGUGCCCGAGCUGAGGAAGGAAAUCAAGAUCAUGAACACGGAGGAGUACGUGCACACCGUCAGCUGGAUGCAGGCCCUGACCGGCCUGAUUGAGCAGAUGCAGGUGCGCCGAGACGCCGCCUCUCAGGCCGUGGUGGGGGAGUGGAUACGAGAGCGCGAAGCCAUGAGGCCGCUGACCAAGCAGAUGUUCAACCCCCAGUUCGGGAGCCUCUUCCGCACGUAUCACAACCCCACGUACUUCUCGCGCCGGCUCUCGCGCUUCGCCGACAUCUACAUGGCGUCCAUCAGCUGCCUGCUCAACUACGACUUCCAGCACACCUUCUUCCCGCACCGGACGCCGCUGCAGCACGAGUCGCCCUUGGUCCAAGGGCGGGCUCCCGCCGCCGGGCCGCCGCCGAGCCCCCCGCCCCCGGCGGGUGCUCACGAGGGUCGGCGCUGAGUCUUUUCGGUCCUCGCCGCCGAACUGGAAAGGAGGCGUCCGCCGCCACUCUUUGGCAUGGAUGGGCAUUUUCGCUUGCGCCCGUUUUGCAAAGGAAACGCGGUCCCUUGAGCGCAAAAACGCAAAUAAAGGAGGCGGUCACCCAAACUCCUUCUGUGAUUGCUGCGGUGAUAUUGAGCCGCGGCGUUUUACGACACGGGCUGCCUUCAUGAUCACGCGUUGUGUCUCCUAGCCCUUUUUUUUUUGCUUUUGGGUCACGUUUGGGCCUUAAAGUGACGCGCACUCAGUUACUGAGAACGUUGGAACGUCAGG